AUGGAUUCAAUCACAAAUACUUACGAACGAAAUAAAAUGGGAUCUCAUGUCGUUUCCACCGCACGAAGACGACACGCAGUUUGCGUACCUUACCCUGCUCAAGGCCACAUCAACCCGAUGUUAAAAGUGGCUAAACUCCUCCAUGCUAAAGGCUUCCAUGUUACCUUCGUCAACACCAUCUACAAUCACAACCGUCUCCUUAAGUCCCGUGGAACUAACGCCCUCGACGGGUUUCCUUCUUUCCGGUUUGAGUCCAUCCCUGACGGUCUACCGGAGGCUGACAUGGACGUCACGCAGGACAUUCCUACCCUUUGUGAGUCAUUUACGAAGAACGGUCUCACUCCCUUUAAGGAACUUCUCCGGCAGAUCAACUCCAGAGAUGAUGUUCCUCCGGUGAGCUGUAUCGUAUCCGACGGUUGUAUGAGCUUUACUCUUGAUGCUGCGGAGGAGCUUGGUGUGCCCGAAGUUCUUUUUUGGACAACUAGUGCUUGUGGUUUCUUGGCAUACCUUCACUACCAUCGCUUCAUCGAGAAAGGGUUAUCUCCACUAAAAGAUGAGAGUUACUUGACCAAAGAACACUUGGACACAAAAAUAGAUUGGAUUCCAUCGAUGAGGAACCUAAGACUAAAAGACAUCCCUAGCUUCAUCCGUACGACUGAUCCUAAGGACAUAAUGCUCAACUUCCUUGUCCGUGAGACCGACCGAGCCAAACGUGCUGCUGCUAUCAUUCUCAACACGUUCGAUGAUCUCGAGCAUGACGUCAUCCAGUCUAUCCAGUCCAUUUUACCUUCGGUAUACUCUAUUGGACCGCUCCAUCUUCUAGUGAAACAAGAGAUCGGCGAGGAUAGCGAAAUCAGACAGAUGGGAUCAAAUCUGUGGAAAGAGGAGACGGAGUGUGUGGAUUGGCUCAAUACCAAAAGUGAAAACAGCGUUGUUUACGUGAACUUCGGGAGCAUAACUGUGAUGACUGCGAAACAACUCGAAGAGUUUGCAUGGGGUUUGGCUGCAACAGGGAAAGAGUUUUUGUGGGUGAUACGGCCGGAUUUAGUAGCCGGGGAUGUGGCAAUGGUUCCGCCUGAGUUUUUGACGGAGACGGCGGAUCGGAGGAUGCUUGCGAAUUGGUGUCCUCAAGAGAAAGUUCUUUCUCAUCCGGCCAUCGGAGGGUUCUUGACACACAGCGGAUGGAACUCGACGCUGGAGAGUCUCUGCGGCGGAGUUCCGAUGGUUUGUUGGCCAUUCUUUGCAGAACAACAAACAAAUUGUAAGUUUUGUUGUGACGAGUGGGAGGUUGGGAUUGAGAUCGGUGGAGAUGUGAAGAGAGAGGAGGUUGAGGCUGUGGUUAGAGAGUUGAUGGACGGAGAGAAGGGAAAGAAAAUGAGAGAGAAGGCGGAGGAGUGGCGGCGCUUAGCCGAGAAAGCGACGACGGAGCAUGAACGUGGUUCCUCGGUUGUGAAUUUUGAGAAGCUUGCUAAGCCAUAUGCGAAUCCUGUGAUGAAUCCUAUGAAUGCACUAAUGCCACUAACAUCAUCGUCACCAUCUGCGCCACGUGACCAAGCCAAACAAGAGAAAAUGGGAUCUCAUGCCGUUUCCACCGCCAGAAAACCACACGCAGUUUGCGUGCCUUACCCGGCUCAAGGCCACAUCAACCCGAUGCUGAAAGUUGCUAAACUCCUCCAUGCUAAAGGCUUCCAUGUUACCUUCGUCAACAACAUCUACAACCGCAACCGUCUCCUUCAGUCUCGUGGACCCAACGCCCUCGAUGGGCUUCCUUCUUUCCGGUUUGAGUCCAUCCCUGACGGUCUACCGGAAACUGAUGUGGACGUCGCGCAGGACCUACCUGCCCUUUGCGAGUCCUUUAUGAAGAACGGUCUCACACCCUUCAAGGAAUUUCUCCGGCAGCUCAACUCCAGAGAUGAUGUCCCUCCGGUGAGCUGUAUAAUAUCGGACGGUUGUAUGAGCUUUACUCUUGAUGCUGCGAAGGAGCUCGGUGUGCCUGAGGUUCUUUUUUGGACACCUAGUGCUUGUGGCUUUUUGGCUUACCUACACUACUAUCGCUUCAUCGAGAAAGGGUUGUCUCCACUAAAAGAUGAGAGUUACUUGACAAAAGAACACUUAGACACAAAAAUAGAUUGGAUUCCAUCGAUGAGGAACCUAAGACUAAAAGACAUCCCUAGCUUCAUCCGAUCCGUACGACUGAUCCUAAGGACAUAAUGCUCAACUUCCUUGUCCGUGAGGUCGACCGAGCCAAACGUGCUUCUGCUAUCAUUCUCAACACGUUCGAUGAUCUCGAGCACGACGUCAUCCAAUCUAUCCUAUCUAUUUUACCUUCCGUAUACUCCAUUGGACCGCUCCAUCUUCUGGUGAAACAAGAGAUCGGUGAGGAUAGCGAAAUCGGACGGAUUGGAUCAAAUCUGUGGAAAGAGGAGACGGAGUGUAUGGACUGGCUCAGUACCAAAAGUAAAAACAGCGUUGUUUACGUGAACUUCGGGAGCAUAACCGUAAUGACUGCGAAACAACUCGAAGAGUUUGCAUGGGGUUUGGCUGCAACAGGGAAAGAGUUUUUGUGGGUGAUACGGCCGGAUUUAGUAGCCGGGGAUGUGGCAAUGGUUCCGCCUGAGUUUUUGACGGAGACGGCGGAUCGGAGGAUGCUUGCGAGUUGGUGCCCUCAGGAGAAAGUUCUUUCCCAUCCGGCGAUCGGAGGGUUCUUGACACACAGCGGAUGGAACUCGACGCUGGAGAGACUCUGCGGCGGAGUUCCGCUGGUGUGUUGGCCGUUCUUCGCAGAACAACAAACAAAUUGUAAGUUUUGUUGUGAGGAGUGGGAGGUUGGGAUUGAGAUAGGCGGAGAUGUGAAGAGAGAGGAGGUUGAGGUGGUGGUUAGAGAGCUGAUGGAUGGUGAGAAGGGAAAGAAAAUGAGAGAGAAGGCGGAGGAGUGGCGGCGCUUGGCCGUCAAAGCGACGGAGCAUGAACGUGGUUCUUCGGUUGUGAAUUUUGAGAAGCUUGUUAGCAAAGUUCUUCUAGGAGAGUAGACACCUAAAAUAAGAUGAUUAUAAUUUCUAAUAUAAUCAUGAUUAUUAAAUAUAAGAUGAUUAUUAAUAUACUAUGUUAUGCAUAUAAUCAUGAACAAGUAUUUAUUUUCUAUUUUAUCUUCAAUCUUGCCACUUUAUUUUAUGUUAGUGGCAUUGUCUAGAACAUUU